ACAAACAACAUUAACAAUAACAACUGUGUAUAGCAACAAGACUUAACUAUAGUAGAGGUUGUUAAACACUUACUGUAUUAAUGGUGAUUUAUGUCCACAGGUUACGUAGGAUGACAGACGGCACAUGGACAGUAACCGACACUGCCAAUAUCUGUAUAUCAAGUGUUGUGUCGGGGGUGUCAGACGUCGCGUGUAGUGUCACUCAUGGUGUGGGUGAUGUUGUUCACAGUGUCACAUCAGGAAUGGGGGAAGUGGUUCACAAUGUUUCCUAUGGGGUCGGAGAUACCGUCCACAACGUGACGGCGGGAGUGAAGCGCCUUCUCACCUCCCCGCCUGUAAACUGCGACAGUAUGGUAACAGAGGAGGAGUGUCCCGGUGUUCUCCCAGCAACACCACGCAACUCAAUGCUCUCACCUGUUGCCGAUAACCCCAGUUGUGACCAGAGCCCUGGAACUGAUUCUGAAACAGCCGAGGAGGAAGCUGCCAUAAAUGAUGAACUUGGACUGACGGAGGAUCACUUCUCUCAGCCAGAGGACAAUUUUCUCUGUAUGAGUGAAGAGACACUGGAGAGGAGCAUUGAGAAGUGUAAGUUACUGAUCCUGCAGUGUGAGGAGUCCACCACCAGGAGACGAGCCCUCGUUCACAAGCUCAUACAGCUCAGACUACGGCUACAGGAAACCCACGAUGCCUCUCAGAUCGCCUCCACUGGGGUGCUUUUCCGCAUGAGUCAUCAGCUACAGCCUCAGAAGCCUCCAUUAACUCGAACAUCAAAACAGUAUUGUGACAAGUGUGCGCAGAUCAUAUGGGGAGUCAUCCAUAUAUCUUAUAUAUGUGUCUUGUGUGAGUACCGCUGUCACGGCCGAUGUGUGGAAAACAUCCAGAGGAGAUGUGCCAGUGUGAGGGUGAACGAAGAUUCUUGCUACAUCUUACGCAUCUGUCCUGAGGUUGGGUUGUCAGCACAGAACUACAAGUGUGCAGAGUGCAAGAUACUGAUCACCAACAAGUACACUGUAAUAACAAAGAAAGGAAGGAAGUUAAGAUGUCAAGCCCAUCCAAGGGGUGUUUCAUGCCUUGGUGACCCCUUCAAGAAAGAAAAUGCCUGGUGUGAACCGAGACGAUGCGACUACACGGGCCUACAUUACUGCCCUGCCUGCCACUGGAACUCCCGAAUGGUAAUGCCAGCGAGGGUGAUACACAACUGGGAUUUUGAAGAGCGACUUGUGAGCAGACAGGCCAAGCAGUUCCUCUUGCUGAUGAAGAACAGACCAGUACUUCAUAUGGAGAAACUAAACCCUCACCUCUUCAAGUUUGUUGAGGAACUUAGUACAGUGAAGAAACUACGGGAGGAUCUUCUCGUUAUGAAGCAGUACUUGGGAACUUGUCGCACUGCACAAGAAUCUCGGAUGCUUCGGCAACUAGAGGAACGCCAACACUUUGUGGAGAACGCGUUUAUGUUCUCCUUACAAGACCUGGUGGAUGUCAACUCCGGGGUGUUAGUGGAGUACCUCAAGAAAAUUCACAAUAGUUUCUCUUCUCAUAUUAAGAAAGAGUGUUUGGUGUGCCAGGGGAAGGGAUACAUUUGUGAAUUAUGUGACGGGAGUGAGAUAAUUUUCCCCUUUGAUGGCGGCGUUGUCGUGUGUACCGGCUGCUCCACGGUCUUACAUCACCUGUGUUACACCUCUCGCAGCAGCAAAUGUCCCAGGUGUGCACGGCAGGAAGCAAGACGGAAGCAGGAAUCGACUGACAACUUGUGUACAUAAGUUAAGGAAUAGUUUUUUAUGCCUUUAUCUAUAAUUUCAUGUAAAAACAGAUGAUUUGUAUGAGGUGCUCGAGGAAACAGUGACAGAUACUCCCAAAUCAUCUUUUUGAAUAAUUACAGAAAACAUAUCCCUAAACGUAGACUAAAUUUCAUAUCUCUUGACACCAGUUUCAUCGUCGCCGUUUCAUGGGUGAGGGAGAUAUAUUACUGUGCUGUACUGUGCACGGAUAAUAUAUGAUGCUAAUAUUGGCCGUGAUUAUUCUAUCUCAAAAAAUGAUCCUGGUGUAUUCGUCACUGUUGCCCAGAGCGUCUUAUAUGAGGUAAUAAUUAUGGUAUGUGGCAGUUUUGUGAUAUACUGGUAUUUGUUGAUUUGACUACAAAUUCAAGUAUCAAAACUUACAUUGUAAAUGUAAAAAAUUAAAGCUUUAUUUGUCAUAGUGUAUGGUAUGCAUGAUUAGUAACUUAAUUGGAGUACAAAUAUAUUUAAAUGCAAUUUUCUGUAAUAAUGAAAUACAGGUACAGUACUGUACUGUUCAUUUUAGCCUUUGGGGAUAAAGCCUUAAAGAAUGUAGCUAUCCCCCAUAACUCUGCUCAUCUCUGAAAACAAAGGUGGUCCAUGGCUUAGUUGGUAACACUGUACGGUACUUCCAGUCCUUGAAACAUGUGGUUAAUACCACAACCAGGGAGGGAAGGAGGGCUGGUGUCUACUGACCUGCCCAACAUCCACAUCAAACCCCAGGAUAAGCUAACUCUUCUUGCCUAAUGUUACUACUCUUUAAAAAGGAUGAAAUAUAUGUUAGUAGAUAACUACAGCUGUGGAGAAGAGAUUAUAACUCCCUUAUUUAGGUGUUAAGUAUUAAGACCUUUGUUAUUGUUUACCAGCAUCUACCCCAACAACUGGCAGUCUAAUUCUCCACCACAUUACAGUAAAAACAAUUCCUGGGUAAUGGCUGAAAUUUUUACUUAAAAUCUUCUUAAAACUUUGUCAUGAUAUAAUUGUUUACAAUAUUAUAGAAUUUUUAAUUUAGAAUAUUCUAUUGGAGUUCUUUGUUAAACUCAAAGUUGGUGAAAUGUAUUGUGUUUACUUUAUAGUCAUUAUAUUCUUUGAAGGAAAACCUUAUAUUUUCUUGUUAGAUUAUUUAUCAAGACAUCUGAACUAAUGUACCAUUGCAUUGAGUCAUCUCCCUCCAUACACAUUUGCUUAUCACACAUUAAUGUUCGUCUGUGUGUGAAUGUACGCUUAUUUAUAUGUAUCUUUCUAUAUAUGAGUGUCUGUAUGUACUGUAUCUCUGUCUCUCUAAUUAUUUUUCUAUCUAUUUUUCUAUAUGUCUAUGUGGCAUCAAUACAGGUUGCUAUAUAACCAUAAUAUAUCAAACUCUAUCGAUUUAUUCAAAAUAUUUUCCACCAAGUUAAGCGGCUUAGCCCAAGUGACUGCAUGUAGGGCCUCUGACAGGUAGUGACUGAUUCAUGGGAUAAUAUUGUAAGUUGUAGCUUUGUCUGGUGAUUGUGUGUGAACUACUACUUAUUUAGUAGGAAGAUUUAUGUAAGAGUACUGUUAAUGCGGAGUCAAGCCAGGAAGAAGUCAUGGGGUCCAUAUGUGUGUGUGUGUGUGUGUACUGUAUUGUUGAUCAUGAAGGUUGAAAAAUUGUCUUGGUUUUGUUACAUAAAUAAUACAAAUACUGUAUUUAAUUGUCUUGGUUCAUUUACAUUAUAGGAAUAUUUCAUUGUCUUGGUGCUGUUCAGAAUUGUUUUAUUUGUGAUUAAAUUGAUUAUGGUUCAUCAAUCUGGUUAAUAAUAAAUGGAAAAUCUGAGACCAGUAAAAUGUACAGUAUUGUUUUGUAAAAAAUAUUUUUGUAUUGUGGAUAAACAUUUUGUGUGUGAAACAUACAGACGUUUGUAGCAGAUGUGACUAGGGUUGAUGUGACACCUUUUUAUUUUAGGCCUAAUGUGGAAGUGUCUGAUCUCCAAAAAAAAAUUUCCUAAAAUAUUAUUAAUGCUAAACCUGUGGUUAAGGAUCUUACCCUUCAUCCCCCAUAUGUGUAAAAAUGGAAUGUAAAGAAUGUAAAACUUCUACUGAUGAUGGCCACUGUCCCAACACCUAUGGUAACUUCUACUGAUGAUGGCCACUGUCCCUACACCUAUGGUAACUUCUACUGAUGAUGGCCACUGUCCCUACGACUAACUCCUACUGACUCUAAAAUCUGGUUCCUUAUUUUAUAAAGAUUACUUUCAGUGGUUCCUGACCCCAAGGUUCAUCCACUAUAAAUGAUAUUAAAAGUAAUGUGCAGUAGCAUUUGAUAUUAUAAAUUUUGAGGCCCUCAAACAAGUGGGUCGAGAGUCAAGCAAGUACAGGUAUAGCCCUUAUUUUAUUUUUUUAGAAAUGGCUCUAGCAGUGUUAUGUAUAGUUAAAUAUACUGUUCAAUAUAUGGAAACAUUAUGGUAUUAGGCUUUAAGGGAAAAGAUACAGCUAACAAAAAUUGUUUACCAUGUUUAUUUUAUUUUAUACUUUAUCAUUUCACCACUUAUCAGCUCACUAGCCACUUGGGCAGUUGGUCUGUUCUUUUUCCCGUGCUAUGACCCUUAUUGACAAGACUUAGUACAGGAGGAAACUGUAGUACCGAGAGAAAACCUGCCAUGUCUGGUAGUGUCACACUGGAUAGUACUGUACCCUUCUCACAGCUGUCCUGGGUCGGGGAUUGAACCCAAGACAUAUCAAUGAGAGAUACACACGUUGCUGCUGGACCACCAACCCUCAAAUAUCAUUCCCGCUCUUUGUUUAUAACUAUAAUAAACUACCGUAUUUACUAAGUGUCAUUAGAAGAAUAUAACUUAAUUAUCUUUUAUUGUACUGCACCAGAUAUUGAAUUUCUUGGCAGUGACACAUGUUUAUCUCCCCUCAUUACCUCACUGAUAACCAUUAUGUGAGCAAACUGAACCUUAAUGUUUGUCCUUACUGUCUCCUGCCUGUGGGUCCACCCUAUGUGGCUCUGCUGGGUGUAAAAAAAUAGAUAAAAUUCCAGUCUCAUAGGGUAACACUUGACACUUCCUCAUACCGCACUAACAGGUGCUAGUGCUUGCAUGGUUUCCUUUCAACAUACACACUAACUCUGUGCCAGGAAGGACCGGUUGUUAAGUCUUGUUUACCAGAAACUGAGUCAUUUAACAAAACUUUCGUAUUUCUAAUAUUGAAGUUAUAAAACUUCUCGGAUGACUGGUGCUUCUCUGUUCGUGUUAUUAAUUUGGCCAGAGUAUAAUAUAUCAGGGAUCACUACAGGAUAAAUUCGAGGACAGCAUCGUCUAAUUGAGUGUAUUUUAUUACAUUCUGGUGAAGGCUCUUGCUGUACAUCCAGACCUUUAUUUGUUUUUCCUAAAGGAGUCAUCCCUAUGAAGUGAUAAUACUGUACUGUAUAUGCAAACUAAAUUAAACAAAACAUCACUUAUUUAUUGCCUGAUAAAUAGACAAAGUAUAAUAAUUGCUUAUAUACUAAUAGAGGCAGUCAUCGUUAAUCAUCACCAAUAUAUAUAUAUAUGCAAAAUGAAUAAAUGAAAUGAAAAAGUUUAACUGAUAUUAACCUGAGAAUCAAGCACAGAGGAGCCACAUGCUUUAACCCCUCGUGGUGGUCCCUCUGUAACUACUGUGGAACCCAAACUUUUCAUCAUUUUUGUUUUAAUUAAUGUGUAUAUUAUAAGAAAACUUGAGAACCCUGUGAUAUUUUAUUAUGGAACAUAGACUCUUAGAUUACCUCUGUGUAUUGACAACUGUUUAUUUGUUAUUAUAAGCACUCUUCCUUUCAUAGUUCAACCUUUUUAUUAUUUUUGUUUUUAAGUCAUCAAAAUUAUAUUGUUCAAAACUUAAAGUGAUGUUGAUGAUGAAAUUGUUUAUUAGUCAAAGUUUUAUAUAAAGAUUCAAGUUGGUUUUACCCUCAGAUAUUGAACCUCUUAUUUUAUUGUUAUUAUUA